AUGCGUGACGGACGAUUAUUGACCGGUUAUCGGAGUGACAAGGGUGUUGGACGAAUGGAAAAACGUGAAAUAGGUGAACUUGAACCAUAUUUAGAAAAACGAAAUGGUUUUUCAUGGUUACCACAAAAUGAUACAGAUUAUUAUGUAUCUGAAGCUGUACAUGCUAAUUUAAAAUAUUCUCAACAGGAACGUGAUGUUAUGAAUAUACCUGAUUAUUUAUUAUGGUCAAUUGGAAAUUUUUUUCUUUUUUUUGUUUUUGGAAUCAUAUGUAUUAUAUUAUCAGUACGUGUACGUGAACAUAAACGUACACAUGAUUAUGAUAAAACAUUAAAAAUAUCUAAACGUACAUUAGUAAUGAAUAUUUUUUCAACCAUUAGUGGUAUUGCUUUUCUUGUUACAAUGCUUGCUUUAUUAAUUAACAAAUCAUCAACUUCAUUCUAA